AUGUCGAAUAUGACCAAACAAUCGCCAGAAAUCUCGAUUUUGUCUCUCCCUCACGAUUUGCUACUGAAUUGCUUAGCACGCAUCUCUAGACUGUACUAUCCAACUCUCUCACUCGUCUCCAAAAAUUUCAGAGCUGUCGUUGCCUCGCUGGAGCUUUACCAGACCCGCUCUCGCUUAAACCUAACCGAGAGUUGCCUCUAUCUGUGCUUACGCUACCAUCUGGAUCGCCUUCGUGACCCUACCACAAAUUGGUUCGCUCUCUGCAAAAAACCAAACCAAAACCUAACCGACCGGUCAAGUGGCUUCCUUUUCAUCCCAAUCACUUCUCCCUAUUUGCGUCAUGAACGAUCUCUGAGUCUAACAUCUACCGAUGUUAGCCUCGUAGCCGUUGGGUCUAACAUCUACAGGAUCGGAGGGUACACGCCUUUUCCUACUUCUAAAGUCUCGGUCCUUGAUUGUCGGUUCAACACGUGGCACAGUGCUCCACCGAUGCGAGAGAAGAGGAGCUCCCCUGCAGCGAGCGUAGUUGAUGGGAAGAUAUACGUAGCAGGAGGGUUUGAAGAACUCAGUUCCGUGGAUUGGGUUGAAGUAUUUGAUCCAAAGACUCAAACUUGGGGAAAGGUGACCGAUCCUGCCUCUGAGAUACGUCCAUCAAGAGCUGAACUCGAAAGCUUUGAACUCGGAGGAAAAUUGUACGUAUUUGGUGAUAAGCGUGUGGUUUACGAUCCCAAGGAAGCUAGUUGGAACAUGAUAGAAUUGGAUAUGGAUAUAUAUAUGGAUAUGGAUGAGGAUAUAGCUAUGGCUAUGGAUAUGGAUGAGGCUAUGGAUAUGGAAAUGGAUAUGAAUCGUGUGGCUUCUGCAGUGUCCUAUUCUCACGGCGUGAUAGGAGAUGUCUUGUUUCUUUGGAAUAAAAGAGAGUUUAGAUGGUUUGACUUUAAGUCAAGCUCAUGGAAGAAAUUGAGAGGUGUUGAAGAUUUGCCUGAUUUUGGUGGAGAUUGUAAAAUGGUGGAUGUUGAUGGAAAGAUGGCUGUCUUGUGGGAGGUUUAUAGGCGUUUAGAUGAACAUAAUGAAGAGAUAUGUAUUUGGUGUGCUGAGAUUGGGAUUGAGAGGCGCGGAGAUGAGAUGUGGGGGAAGGUGGAGUGGUUUGAUGUCGUACUCACAACCCAUGAGCCAUGUACCUUGUCCGAUGCGGAUGUUAUUUCUGCUACUGUUUGAUUGAUAUGCUUGCUGAUGAGAACACUUGUGUUGGUAGUUUCGUUUUGUUUUUAAGUAUUUGCUUUCUUGAGGUAUCUCCCUUUGGUUUGAUAUUCAACUCUAAUGAAUUAUUGUUUCAUGUUUUUCGUUGAACAAGAUUUGCGUUUAUUUUCACAUGUAGUGUCUUGAUAAUUUAGCUUGCUAAAA